GCGCAGCUUCCUUAAAUGAAACCCUAAGACACAUCUCACUUCACAAAUUCAAACUCAAAUAUCGAAGAUCUCCGUCUCCUCCUCCUUCAGCCAUGGCCACUUCGCUCGCCACCCUCUCUCGCGUCCUUGCCGCACUCCUCGUCCUCGCAACCCCCGUAACGAGCGACCUUUUGUCUCCCCUAACUCCUUUCCUCUCUCCUUUACUAGAUGAGAGGUGCAAAGAAGUGGCGUGCGGGAGAGGGAAAUGCAAGCCUUUGCUCAACGACUCCGCCAUCUUCUUGUACGAGUGCGAGUGCGAUCCUGGUUGGAGGAAAUCCCCUCUUCGUGGCACGGAUCCUCUCAAGUUCCUUCCUUGUACGCUUCCAAACUGUACGAUUGAUCCCUCUUGCGAAAGAGCUUCCUCUCCAGCUCAAGAGAAAGCUAGUGGAGACAGACAUCCUUCAAUACUUAACCCCUGCAUGUGGGUCGAUUGUGGAGGUGGGUCGUGCAACCAAACAUCGCAGUAUUCAUACACUUGCGUCUGUGAAGAGAGUUAUAGCAAUCUCCUCAAUGCCCAAUCCUUGCCUUGUUUUAAAGAAUGUUCGUUUGGAAUGGAUUGCUUGAACCUAGGGAUUCCUCUUACGAAUGAAUCUUCACCAACGGAUUGGGGAGACAUUGAUGUGAGCAAAGCUCACUCGCUAUCUCGAGGGAAAUCAUCGUGGCUGGUCCUUUGGGCUCUUCUUCUGGGAGUGCUUGAGCUUCAGACGAAUUAGAGCUCUCUUGUCAAAUUACUCCGGCUCGUGACUAUGCUAGUAAAUAUGAAUUACCGUGCUUUUAGUUGCUAAAAGAAGCUACAAUGUAGUAGUUUUCAGUUGAUUCUUGGACACGAAAACAUAUCAAACCAGCAACGAAAGAGG